AGACUAAGGUAUUGUCCCUGGGAAUAAUGAGAGCUGAACAUACUAGGACCCAGACUAAGGUGGUUCCAGCAGUCAGCAUCAACAUUUGGUUGUGUUCCCCGUUUCUGCCCCUGUAGAAGUAACUAGUGUUGAUGAGGAUGAUCCUGGUGGCUCUGCUGGUGCCUCUGCUGGUUCUGUCCAGCGCUGGACAUACCUCAGGUACGAUUGUCACCAGCUGCGAGGCGUGUCACGAACAAGCCGUCUGCCGCACCUCCCCCAUGGCAGGUGACAUCACAUGCACCUGUAAGAAGGGCUUCUCCGGAGACGGCCUCCUCUGUUUACCUGGCCACACUGCCACCGCCGACCACCACGCCCCUCGCCGUGUCCGUCGCUCCAACACCAACCUUGCCCAUGUCCGGUUCAGCUGCGGCUCCAACGAGUGCGCCGACGGGGAGGACUGCAUCACGGUCGACGGCAUCCAGCAGUGCUCCAACCCCUGUAAGAUCUACACGGUCCUGAACGAUGCCUGGCGUUCCACCAACAACGUCGUGGGCAACAAGCAUUGCGACCGCAACGUCCGCUGGGACGGCUAUUACCGCAUGUUCAUCGGCAACCAGAGCGUGUCCAUGCCGGACAAGUGUGUGGAUUCCUUCAAGUGCGGCACCCAGGCUCCCUUGUGGCUGGCGUUUCCUCCCCCCCAGCAGGUGGAUGAAAUUGUCCAGAGUGCAGUCUGCGCCAGCUUCAAUGGGGACUGCUGCUGGGUGCAGUCUCAGCCCAUCCACGUCAAGGCAUGCCCUGGGAACUACUUUGUGUACAAGUUCGUCAUGCCUCCCGGAUGCUACUUCGCCUAUUGUGCAUAUGUGUCAGCUCUCACCACAACACCAAAACCAGUCACAUCUACAGAAAUACCAGUAGAGAACAAUCGCACCACAACAACAACACAGUCACAGGUUUCCACGACUACGCCAAAAGCAAUGUGUGGUACCUGCAGAGAGGGGGAGACCUGCGUGAGCACCGAUGGGGUCACUUGGCGGUGUGAGAGGCCAGAUCAGCCUGUUUUGCUGCACCCAGAGGAUGUGGGCGGAGCCUGGUACAGGUGGGUCUCAACAGGACUAACCUGGAGGCCGCUGGUCUGGACGCCACCAGAACCUGGCCUCACCCCGGUGUAA